AUGUUGGCGGCGCGCAUGUGGAUGGGGCUCGCUGCGCUCGCCGCAAGCAGUCGCAUGGCUGAUGGCAGACAGGUGCACGUGAACCUUACGACGUCCUAUCUCGCGUCUCCGCUGUAUCCUAUCUUGGAAACGUCGGAAUUCCUGUCGCAGGACGACCCAGCACUGUUUUUCAAGUACCUUUCCGCAGUGAAUAUGCGCCAUAACGCGAUCAAAGACAAGCACGACGUCAAUUACACCAAAGUAGCGUUAGAAGCUGCGGCGGACGUGUUGCCGGAGGACUCGUCGGUGUCGCGUUUGCUUCCGUUUGUCUUGCAAACGCGUGCGCAUUCGCCGUCGAUCGAACUGUUCCAUCAGUUGGCGAUCGAAUCUGCCUUCAAAGGGUGCCCCAACGAGACGGUCUCGGCAUGGGCGAUCAUCUAUCGCAGCGCUGGGUGUGCGGACGCUGUGAUGUGCGACGUCGAGGACUUUGAUAGCUCAGUUCUUGACGCCGCCGCGCCAGCUCUCGAUGACUCGGAGCGCACAUGCGCUGCUUCAGGUCAACAUGACUUUUACCUUCCAGUGGAUCACGUGUACCCGUCGACCGCCAGUGUUGCUGCCAACGCCCCGCACGUGGUUGUGUAUGGCGAGCUGACAUCGCCAUCGUUCCAAGCGUUCCAUUCGAAGUUACUCCCUCUCGCCGUGGCGGGCAGCAUCAAGUACAUCGUACGUCAUGCGCCGACCAACAACACGUUGCCCGUGCUCGUCCACGGAUACGGUGUCACGCUGCACGUCAAGAACAUGGAGUACAAGACCUUCGACGAUUCCAAGACUUCCAAAUCGUCAUCGAAUGGCACGUCGGUGGAUAUCGACGACGACCAAGAUGACUUUGUCGUGUCUGUGAUGAUGAAGAAGCACGACGAAGUCGCACAGGCCCUUCGAAAUUACCUUGAGGACUUUGACGACGCGAGUGCAGUGGACGAAUUCGCCAGCGACGACGUCGACGAUGCCAAGAAGAAGGCGCCGUGGCAGUUGACGCAGCUUGGGUACUUGGCGAUGCAGUACAUCAUGGCGUCGGCGGAUCCGUUGAAGCGGCUGCAGUUGCUGUCGCAAAACUUUCCCAAGUAUGCAUCGUCGCUCGUCCUCACGUCGAAACCGGUCGCUGCGGAAACGAUCGAAGCCAUGGGUUUGGUCCGCAAUCAAGUCAUUUCCCAGCGUCUGCACAACCGCAUUGUCGUGAAUGGGCUGCCAGUCGAUUUCAACGAGUACGGAUUCAACGCGUUCGACUUUUUGAAGUCCUUGUCCGGUGAGCUUCGUUUGGCCGACACGUUGGCGAAGUUGGACCCGUCCGGCACGAUCCGUGGCGCGGUGGGAUCGUUGUCGAGUGCCCCAGCUGAUGUGCGCAUCACGCUUCGCGGUCCCGUCGAUGGUUUCGCCCCACUGUACUUGAACUCGAUUGAGACGGACGAAGAAACAGAAGAUUGGCCCACCGACAUGGGAAUAUUGCGUGCACCGACGUGGAACUUGAUCUACUUGCGUAAAGUCAUGUACGAGCUCAUCUUGGUCGUGGAUCCUACCACCAAGGAAGGCAUUGAAGCACUGAACGAGGUCAACUUUCUUCGCAAUCGCCAAGCACCGAUCCAGUUUGGUGUGCUUUGGACGUCACCACAGUUGCUCGCGCUCAGCGCCGAGGAGCGUGCAGCGUAUACGCCAAGCGUACGAGAUGAAGACCUUGCCACGGUAUUCCACGUGGCCAAAAUGUUUCACGCUGCCAAGAAACACAGCAAGGCUGCGCGUGACAAGUACCUUCGCGAAGUGGUCAGUGUGAACGACUUGAAAGUGAAGGAAGUUUUGCAAAUGUACAGCCAAGCAGUCGGUGAACGCUUUUCGAACGAUGCGUGGCUCGAGGAUGCCAAAGCAAUUCUGACGGACGGUGACAACGAUCCCGUCUGGGCCAUGACGGAUCUCGUCGCCGCCAAGAAACUCCCGAUAAACUCUCAUGUGUUCAACGGCGUCGUUCGCAACCAUGUGCAUGUGCAGGAAGACAUUAUGUCGCAUUUUGGACGCGAUCAAUCCCUGUACCAAGAACUGGUUCGCGGAGACAAGAUCACCGACGAUGCCGACAUGCUGAAUGAGCUGGUCGGGAGCGAAGAAUCGUAUGCAGUCUACUGCCCGUGGUUCGACCCGAGGUACCAAGCGCCGCGCACGGUGCCCGAGUUCAGUUGGGACGAACCGGCGUGGAAGCAAGUUGGAUCUUUUCACGCAGCCGGCACCGCCUCCAAACCCAAACGUCAAAACGUGCUGCUGCUGGCCAAUUUGGACACUGCCACCGGCGCCCAAAGCGCCUACCAAGCGUUGAAGCGAGUGCCCGACUACCCCGACCUUGGCUUGACCAUCGUGCACACCGGCGCAUCAUCCAACACACUUGGCCAUCGCGUGUCAUACAUGUUGUCUCAGCUCGGCCACACCGACUCGACCACGUACAUGGCCGUGGUGCUGGAGGUGCUCCGAUUGAUGUCAAAGAAGCCCGAAGCUGACGUGUUGACCCAUGCGCGCUUGUUUCUCCAACUGCACUUGGACGCGGCGCCAAACGACAAGAUUCUAACCAAACUGAACGAAUGGUUGACAUCGACGCCGUCGUUCAGCCACCCAUUUUCAUUCAAGGUCGAUCCCCAUAACCAUGUGAUUUACGUCAACGGGCGCCCGUUGGAUUUGGCGGCGAGUCCCCUCUCGGCCGAACACUUUGACGUCCUUGUCGUACACGAGGCUUCCACUCGUUCCAAGGCAGUGUCCAAGGCGUACGUGGCGCAGUUCAAGCAUGACAACUUGUCUGUCGAAGAUGCGGCGGACAAGAGCUUGGCCUUCAACCUCGUCAUGAACGCGAUUGAUGAAUAUUUGAAGGUUCGUCGAGUGCCGUCGGUCCUGCCAGAGGUGAACCCGCUCUACUCGUACGAAACACCAACAUCCCAGCCGUCUGGGCUGGACGUGGUGGCGUAUUUGGAUCCGUUGAGCGAGACGGCUCAACGGGCCAGCGGCAUCCUGCGCAUGCUGGCGAGUGUGCUACACGCCAAGAUCACACUGGUGCUGCUGCCGUCUCCAAGUUAUGAAGAAUUUCCGUUGAAGCGAUUUUACAGGUUCCUGUGGGGCGGGUCCGAAUCGUCCAGUGUCGACUUCCUACGCCUGCCCCGCAAACCGGUCCUCACGCUCAACAUCGAACCCCCCGAACUGUGGAAUGUCCAAAUGAUUCAGAGCGACGUCGACGUGGAUAAUAUCCAGGACGACGCGUCCGCGACCUUCUACAUCAAGGACGUGCUUGUAUACGGCCAGUGCGUCGACAGAACGAUCGUGCAUUAUCCGUCGUUGCCGAACGGGCUGCAACUGACACUGGAGCGGUCAGCAGGCACCGUCCAUUCGCACAAAGACACAGUCGUGAUGAAGAACCUGGGGUACUUUCAGCUGCAAGCGGCGCCAGGGGUGUGGGAAUUGGGGCUUGCCAAGGGCCGCCACUCCAAGCUGUACGAAUUGGUCAUCCAGGAGGACCGGGCGACCACCGUCCCCGUGAUCGUAUACGAUUUUUUAUCGUCUACGCUGCAGCUCGUGGUGAAAAAGCAGCACGGUCAAGAAUCCGUGCGCCUUUUGGAUGAAGACGAGCCCGCACACAAGACUACGGGUGAAGCGGUGGAAGAAAAAUCGUACUGGAGAUCGCUUGUGCAGUGGGGCAGCGACCCACCGUCGUCGAAACGCGAUGCACGCUCAGGCGACACCAUUCACGUGUUUUCGUUGGCCACAGGUGCUUGGACACCGUACAUUCUAUCGAUGCGCGGGCGCUAAUCGUCAAGGUGCAGGCCACUUGUACGAGCGCAUGCUCAAGUUGAUGAUGCUGAGUGUGAUGAAGCGGACAAAGAACCCGGUCACGUUUUGGCUGCUCGAAAACUUUUUGUCGCCAGACUUCAAGAACAGCGUGGGUGCGCUGCAGGCGGAAUUCGGCAUGGACAUUCGUUUCAUCACGUACAAAUGGCCCAACUGGUUGCGCCGUCAAACGGAGAAGCAGCGUAUCAUUUGGGGCUACAAGAUUCUUUUUCUCGACGUGCUGUUUCCCCUUGGCGUUGAAAAAAUCAUCUACGUUGACGCAGACCAGGUCGUUCGCGCCGACUUGAAUGAGCUCUGGACGAUGGAUCUGCAAGGACGGCCGUAUGGGUACACGCCAUUUUGCGAUUCCCGCAACGUCGGGUUUCAAUUUUGGCGGACAGGGUACUGGAAGGACCACCUGCGCGGGAAGCCAUACCACAUCAGCGCGCUGUACGUGGUGGACUUGGUCAAGUUCAAGCGCAUGGCGGCAGGAGACUCUCUGCGAGCGAUUUAUGACCAACUGAGUGCCGACCCGCACUCGUUGUCCAACUUGGACCAAGACUUGCCCAACUACGCGCAGCAUCAAAUUCCCAUCUUUUCACUGCCCCAGGUGCGGGACGGCGCCGUUUCGGGUCGACGUUCAUGACAUGUGUAGGAAUGGCUGUGGUGCGAAAGCUGGUGCAGCGACGAGUCGAAACGACUUGCCAAAACAAUCGACUUGUGCAACAACCCCAAGCACAAAGAACCGAAACUCGACAUGGCGAAACGAGUCAUCUCAGGCGAUUUGUUUCCCGAGAGUUGGCUCGAGUUGGAUGCUGAAGUCAAGGCAGCGGAAGCAGCGUAUGCCGAAGGACCACACUUGGAUGUGUAACGCGCUCGUAACUCGAUCGUGUCGUCCGUGCGUCGGUCGAGUGUUUUGUAGUGGGUGAGAGGCA